AAAUAUAGCUGCUUGAUGCAUAUACAGGAAUAAGUAGAGCAUUCUCAUCCAGAUGUGAAAGCGAUAAUCGUCAGUCAGUCAGUGGCGACGUUGACACUGACUUCUUAUCAUCUCACUAGGGAAAUUAUUCAAUCCAGAAGCAUUUGUUCAUCAAGAACAAAGAGGCGUAAACAAGUGGCUCCGCGGGUGAUCGGUCAGUCAGUGUUCUGCGAAGCUUUGUGAAGUGUGAAUAAUUGGAUGAGCUGGAGUUGGCUGUGAUUAUAGUACUCUGAACAGUAAAGACUAUUACCAAGUGAAAACAGAAGGGUGCCGUAAUGCGUUGGGUUGAUAGUGGCGUCUAUGCAGGGGUUCUAGGCCUCCUGCUACUGCUCCUACAGCAUGAGCUGGUAACCGGUCAGAUAUUCUACUAUCAACCGGAACAGGUUCACCUGGCCUUCGGGGAAUCCACAAACGAGAUAGUUGUGACAUGGAGCACUAUGACGGCCACAAACGAGUCGAUAGUCGAGUACGGUAUCGGAGGAUAUGCGUUGAGUGCAACCGGAACCGAGGAGAAGUUCGUGGAUGGAGGUUCCAAGAAGCAUACUCAAUACAUCCAUCGAGUUGUGCUUCGAGAUCUGCAACCAUCUUCGCGGUAUGAGUACCACUGCGGAAGUCGAGUAGGCUGGUCACCGGAGUUCUACUUCCACACGGUUCCGGACGGAUCGGAUUGGUCUCCUUCGCUGGCCAUCUUCGGCGACAUGGGCAACGAAAACGCCCAAUCGAUGGCACGUCUUCAGGAGGAUACCCAGCGGCACAUGUACGAUGCCAUUCUGCACGUCGGGGACUUUGCGUACGACAUGAACACGGACAACGCCCUGGUCGGAGACCAGUUCAUGAACCAGAUCCAGUCGAUUGCGGCCUACACGCCGUACAUGGUGUGCGCCGGGAAUCACGAGGAGAAAUACAACUUCUCCAACUACCGAGCCCGCUUCAGCAUGCCCGGCCAGACGGAAAACAUGAUGUACAGCUUCAACCUGGGUCCGGUGCACUUCAUCGGGUUCUCCACCGAGGUGUACUACUUCAUGAACUACGGCCUGAAGACCCUGAUCAACCAGUACGAGUGGCUGCGGCGCGAUCUGGAGGAGGCCAACCGGCCGGAGAACCGCGCCCAGCGGCCCUGGAUCGUCACCUACGGACACCGGCCCAUGUACUGCAGCAAUGAUAACGAUAACGAUUGCACCCAUAGUGAGACGCUGGUUCGGGUGGGCCUGCCCUUCACGCACUGGUUCGGCCUGGAGGACCUCUUCUACGAGUACGGCGUGGACGUGGAGAUCUGGGCCCACGAGCACUCGUACGAGCGGCUGUGGCCCAUCUACGACUACAAGGUCUACAACGGUUCCCACGAAGAACCGUACCGGAACCCGCGGGCCCCGGUCCACCUGGUAACGGGGUCGGCUGGCUGCAAGGAAGGCCGUGAACCAUUCAUCCGCAAGAUCCCCGAAUGGAGCGCUUUGCAUAGCCGCGACUACGGCUACACCCGGAUGAAGGCCCUGAACCGGACCCAUCUCUACUUUGAGCAGAUUUCCGUCGACAAGGAGGGAGCCAUUAUCGAUUCGUUCACCAUCGUCAAGGAUCGGCACGUCCCGUACCGGCAGCUGUUCGAGGAGGAUGACGCGAAGAAGGAUAACUAGGACGGACGGCUUUCUUUCCAUUGAAGGUACUUUUACAGAGUGGAACAAUUGUUAUAUAUUUCACGAUAUUCUUACACAAGGGUCGAUCUAUCGGAGGUUUUUAGUACUUUAGCAAUAAGGAAGGUAAUCGGUUACCAAAACAGUAUAGAUCUGAACCAUUUACACAUACACACAUUCUCUAGUUGGGAAAUAAAACUCAAUAUUCAACACUAUGGCUUAUCACAGUUUGGUGUUAAAAAUAGUUUCGUUUUCUUCUCGCACAAUAUCACCUACUUAAGUAGAAACCUAAUGGCAGCUUUUGUGUUAUACUUUUAUGUUAAAAAAUCAUUUUCGGGUAAUAAAAAAAAAAUGGCAUGCAACUGGAAUCUAACGGGGUUGGUUUUACCUUAAACUAGUGAGACGAUUUCCGUCAGAUCUGACACUCAAUUGAAUUGAAAAAUU